AAAAAUUCCAUCCGUUUAUCUUGUUGAAAAUCAACAUGUGUAUCUUUAAAAUCAGCGACAGUCAUAGCGGAAAUGCACUGCACACACCAACACAGUCUGCCUGCAUAUAAACACAGAGAGCAUGCAGACACAACACGACAGCAGAUCAGCUCUUCACAGUUGAAGUUGAGCUCUGAAAGCGAGACGACACAAUCAUGCUGCUGUUGUUGAGAGCUGUCUUGGUGCUGGGCCUGGCUGCAUCGGUGCACACCACCAGAAAACGCCAUGCCAUCUCAGUGAAGUUGGAGAAAGGAACUGGAACGAAGGAAAAGGUAGUGAGACUUGUGCUGGAUCCCUCGGUGCAGCCUCAGAUCGUCAGCAUGUCUGCCUUAUCCAUCGCCAACAUGUCUCUGUCGCCGUGGACGUACAGAGACUCCUAUGAUGCAUCUCGGUGGCCCCAGAGGAUCUCCCAUGCUCAGUGCCAGACCUCUGGCUGUCUGAGCCUUCAGGGAGAAGGUGAGGAUUCUUCACUGGACGCUCAACCCAUCUACUACCAGGUCCUGGUCCUCCACAGAGUCCCAAGGCAAAGGCAAAAUAACAAAGGAGGGAGGAAAGGAAAGAAGUACGAAUACAGACUGGGGAUGGAGGUGAUCACAGUGGGCUGUACCUGCGUGCGGCCCAGUGUCGUACCACAGUAGUAAGACACAGGAGGCCUCUGACGUUAGCGAUUCUUUCAGCGUGCUGUAACUGUUGCUUUCACCAGGUUCUAACUUAAAACAAUCAAUAUGUAAUCACACAAUGUUGUAAGUUAUAACUGAUUCAAACUGUGUAAUGUGAAAGAGCCUUUUUUUUUUUUUAUUUAUUAGUGCUAGCAUCUUCCUGGCUUGCUAUGUGUUAGCCGUUAGCUUGCAAACUGCAGUAGCUAGUGCAAGUUGUCCCUAUGUCACAAAGCCUCUAAUUUCAUGAAUAUUACUGUGCUACCUGCCACAAUGUGACCGGGCAGUCAACAUGUCAGCCAUAAGAGCUUGAUACACUGAUAGUAUCCUUUCUUUCUGCCCCCCAGUGGUGAAAAAUUACAUAUUGCAGCUUUAAUCCAGCAGACAACUCAGUCUUGAAAGGGGUGUAGUUGAAACUAUUUUUGUUUGUGUGUGUGUGUGUGUGUGUGUGUGUGUGUGUGUGUGUGUGCGUGUGUGUGUGUGUGUGUGUGUGUGUGUGUUUAAAAAAAAAAAAAUGUUGUCUUAUUUUAUUUCUCUAAGGUUUCGUGGCUAUUUUAACUCACAUUUUAUAAUAACCAUAUUCUUAUUCUAUUGUAAAGAAUAUCGAAAUGCUUUAUUAAACUUUUUUUACACCAACUUUGAUGUCCGCUUUGAAAAAUUAUUUAGCAAAAUUAACAUUUAACUAUUAAUGUCCCCCAACCCACAUCACCAAUGAAAAUUACACUUGUGUAUAAAUAUGGAUGUAGCCUCCGUGACGUCACCGAUAGAUAUCUGAAGAGUUGUUUUGAGGAAUAGUGAGAUGCUCCAUCGUCGCCAUCUUGGCAGCGCCUGACUCCGACUAACUCCUGACAAUGGACAAAGAGGAUGGGCGUGUGUGGAGCUGAGACUUCAGUGAAUGUCGGUUUUAUAGCAAGCAUAUGCUCGCCUACCUCUCACUCAAAGCGGCACACCCUCAACUAUGCAUUACUUAGUCUUAAUACAAUUUAACAGAUGAGUUAUAUGAAAAUUCACCCCCAGUACAGUUGUCAUGAAGGAAGAAAUUAGCUAUAGAGACCAAAACUGUUUUUUGUACCAGGCUGUGAAUAUGUUUAUUUCUGCUGUAAAAUUGGGCAUUUUAACAUGGGAGUUGAUGGGGGAUUGACUCACUGACUUUGGAGCCAGAGGUCAUUAGCAGAACUGAAGUUUUAAGCACUUCUGUGUUGGCUUAAUUUUCCAGCGUGCAGAAAAUAUACAUAUACAGUCAAUAUACAAAGACAGAAAUGAUGAGAACAAGAGCAGAGUGCAAGUUCAGUCAAGCUGUUUUUACUGACCAUGCCAAAUAGAUACAAUCAACCCAGCCUCAAAGACAUACAGCGACACACAGUUACAGCAAGUACAAACCCCGUGUUACGACUCCCCCAAGUUACAGUGCAAAUAUUUUAGACAUUUCAAUCAAGUCAGUAUGACUCAACAACUCGAGCAAAUAUUUCAUCUUCCUGUUUACUCUUUUAGAUUUUAAUUCCCUUGAAAACCAUAAACUGACAAUCAGAGCACACAGUGACACAUGCCAAAGCAAACAGAGACUACUGGUUAGCCAGAGAAGCCCCAAACUCAUACUGCGAAACCAAAUUAGUCCAAGUCCUGAACAACUGUCACUCACUACUUUGCUUCCCUGUGAUGUUAUUGUCGUUUUUACUGUAAAUAUCCACUGCCCUUCUUGUAUGCAUGUGCUUUUGAGUUGUGCUUAAUGAAAUAAGAGUGCAAUCAGUGCUCUAAAUCUAAGAGACUCAAAUGCAUGUCACUGAUCUACAACUACACUACAGUUAAAAGUUUCACAAAGAGCCGGAAAAUGGCAGAAUACAGCAGAGCUUCCUCACUUUUCAAGCUUUUUUAAAAGAUUUUUUUAUUUUUAAAUUUCACUCCCUUAGAGCACCGUAGAAAGAAACAGAAGCCAGAUUUCUUCAUUUUAUAUUCAUAAGCCAUUUAGUGUAAGUUUAGCACACACAGAUGUCCCCAGACAGACAGAACAAUCCCAGAAAUCGUGCAGCAGAGAAUUAGCGUGAGAGCGAUGAACCCUGGGAAAUCUGAUUUUAUUUUUAAUUCAGAUGCUUGUGUGUUAAGUGUAUUGACUGGUGAGUACUCUGUACAUCAAAAACUGAAGAAGCCUCUUGGUUUGGACUCGUUUUGGUUCUGACUGACUAGGGCUUAAACUACAUCUGUGUGUCCAGUGUUACUCAAACACAUCAUACUGUUUUUCAUCUUUUACCAGGUAACAAUUUAGAUUACAUCUCCCUUCUUCAUAGUUACAGACUCAUUGUAAAUUGUGUAAUCAUCUGUGUUGCUGGCAGCAUUCAGCGACAAUAUGCUGAUAUACAGCAGCACCAACAGUAAGAAAAACACAGCUAAAAUAUCAUGCAGGCAAUUAUAAUAAUUUCCUACUCUCUGACUGAGGGAACUCAAGAAAUGAGAGAGCUGUAAUUUAAAUUUUUACCUCCCCCUGCUGUGAUACAGCUUUAAUUCCUCACCAAACAACAGCAGCUCCUCUUUUGAAUAUGUUAAAUGUUUUUUUGAUGCCACACCACCACCCACCCAUUUUCCUUUUUUAGAAAAAAAAAAGCAAAAGAUUUCUUUUUGAAUUUCAACAUCAAGAGUAGUGUACAGCUCAUUCAGAAUCGUUACAGCAUACUAACUAUGUCAAAUAUGAAAACUUGCCUUUUCCCUUUGUUCGAGUUGUUUUUGAGUUGUUUUUUUUUUUUCUUUCCUGCACUGUUUUGAUUUCCUCUUUUUUUUUUUUUUUUUACCAAUUCAAAAA